AUGCCCUCUCCUCCUUCGCUCUCCCGCUCUCUUGUCCUCUCGCGUCUGCCAGCCCGCAGCUUCAGCACCACCCGCACCCUCACCUCUCGCCUCCGCCAGCCCGGCGAGCCCACUGGCCCCAACGAACCACCCAUUCACAUCACCACGCCAAAGACCAAGUCGCCGCUCAAGGUCUGGCCGAUCCUGUUGAUCUUUGGACUAGGUACUUUCUUGUUUAAGAAGAUCGUAGACCAGAGAAAGGACCAGGGAUACCAGCCCAAGGGACCCAUUCAGGGACACUCACCAAGUGGGAAGGGUCAGGUCAAACCAAGUCAUCCUCAUUAG